CGCGCACAUCACUGAAGUGAAACGCGGGCCGGACGUGCGGAGAGCAGAGGGCUCGAAACCACCGCGACUUCCUGAACAACACACCGGAACGGAACUAUGAUGUAUGAUACCUCAGUGAGAAUUUAACCCUCAACUCCUUCUGACCGAGCGACUGGACCGAGUGUUUUCUGCAGAGAGACUUCAGGGUUGGUUCCACCAUCCACACGAUGCAUGUGAAUAGAGUAUUAAAUCACUGGAGACGACAAGUAUUAAGGUUGCAUGUCUGCUGUGAAAAGUACUCUGCCGUGAUGAAGAAACCGGAAUCCUCUGAUGUUAGCAAAUAUCUCCAGGAUGUGUGAUGUGGACAUGUCCUCUGAGCCCUCUAGUCCCACCCUGUACGGUGAGUCUUCAGACAAAUACUACCAUGUGGACCGUUGGCAGAAGCUCCGCACCGCAGUCCGCAAACUGGAGUUCUGGGAAAACUUUACUGCUGAGCUGAUUGGGAGUGGCUUCUUCUCCAAAGUUUAUAAGGUGAUUCACAACAGUAGUCGGAAGGUGAUGGUGGUGAAGAUUUACAAAAACGAUGUGGACCAAGACAGCAUAGUAAGAGAGAUCAGCCUGCUGCAGAAGCUCUCCCACCCCAACAUUGUCAGAUAUAUAGGAAUCUGUGUUAAGGAAGACAAACUCUAUCCAAUCUUAGAGUAUGUGAAUGGUGGCUGUCUAGAGGAGCUUCUGGGCAGGAAAGACAUUCCCCUGUGCUGGAGAGAGAAGGUGGACCUGGCCUGUGAUAUUAGCAGAGGCAUGAUCUACCUGCAUUACAAGAACAUUUACCACAGAGACCUCAACUCCAAGAACUGUCUGAUCCGGAUGACGUCUCGUGGGCGGGAGGCCCUGGUUACUGACUUUGGCCUGGCCAGAGAAGUGGUGGAGCCGCCUGUCAAAGACCCUGGCAGGAAGCUCUCACUGGUGGGCUCAGCAUUUUGGAUGGCCCCUGAGAUGCUCCGAGGAGAACCUUAUGACCGCAAGGUGGAUGUUUUCUCUUUUGGCAUUGUGCUCUGUGAAAUCCUUGCCAGGAUACCUGCUGACCCAGAGAUACUACCCAGAACACAGAACUAUGGGCUGGAUGUGAAAGCAUUCAGGGAGCUGGUGACUGACUGUCCUCAGCGUCUCCUGGAGUUAUCAGCUAGCUGCUGUAUGGUGGAGUCCUUCAGACGGCCGGCCUUCACAGAGUUACUGGAUGAGUUGGGAGAAGUAGCUGAGAAUCUGGAACCGCCAGCAAAAUCUGAUGUGACCAUGAGUUGAGUCAUCAGUCUGAAAAUAGCGCGUAUCGAGCAAAUGGUUCAGUGUCUGGGAUUAUUCAUCACAAUCUGGAUAGGGAGCUGGACAUACCUGAGCAAAAGAAAACCCUACAGAUAUUUCAGCCCUCCACUGCAUCACCACAGCACGUCUCCAUGGCUGGGCUUCUCUUAACGUGGUGCAGAUAUACUAGACAUCUUUUAGGAGGGCAGUGGAAACUUGCCUAUGCUUUUACACGUGUUCAGAUGAAUAGUAGUUUGAAUUUACAGUGAGGUCUGUGUUUUUGCUGCACGUCUUACUUGACUUAAUGGGCUUAUCCUCUCUUCCUUCCUUACUUCCUUCUGUUUUUUGUGAGUGGUUUGUUUAUAAGCAACAACACAGAUGAUUUAUUUCCUGCCUCUUCUAUCUGCUCAUCCCAUCCCUUUUGAUUUCUUGAUGCCUGGAUUCAUUGGCUGAACGAGAAUGGUCCCAGAGGAGAAUGACUCUGUACUGGGAGUAGAACUGCCUGAUCAUUGGGCAUCACCUUAAAUACAAUGGAAGAUAAAACUGUACAAAAAAAGUGGCUUUGAAUACAUAUGACCAAUAAUAAAUCAGGAGUAAAGAGA